AUGGGCGCCACUCCCGAGAACUACUGCAUGCUGCAGGGUUUCGAAUGGAACGUCCCUGCCGACCAGAAACAUUGGCUUCGGUUGCAGAACGCGCUGCAAGACCUGAAGAACAUCGGGAUAGACAACGUCUGGCUCCCGCCUGCGUGCAAAGGACAGGGCGGCGACCAGGCCAAUGGCUACGACAUUUACGACUUGUAUGAUGUCGGCGAGUUUGAGCAGAAGGGAUCCAAAUCUACCAAGUGGGGUUCCAGAGAGGACCUGGAUCAGUUGAGCAAGAAAGCGCAAGAGCUGGGGAUUGGUCUGUACUUCGACGCGGUGCUGAACCACAAGGCUGGCGCGGACCGGAAGGAGAAAUGCAGGGUCGUCGAGGUGGAUCAGAGUGAUCGAAACAAGGACAUUGGGGAGCCGUUCGAGAUGGAGGCCUGGCUGGGCUUUGACUUCCCCGGGCGCGGCGACAAGUACUCGGCGCAAAAGUACCACUGGGAGCAUUUCUCGGGGACGGACUACGACGCAGCGACCGAAAAGACUGGCAUCUUCCGCAUCCUCGGCGACAACAAGCACUGGUCCCGUUCCGUGGGAGACGAGGCAGGCAACGCCGACUUUCUCAUGUUUGCCGACCUCGACUACAGCCACCCAGAGGUGGCCAGGGAUGUCAUCCACUGGAGUGAAUGGGUGGUCGACGAAUUCAAGCUGAAGGGGUUCCGCUUCGACGCCUGCCAGCACUUCUCGGAGCGUUUCACAAACGACCUGGUGAAAAACCUGGAGGACAAGUUCGGCAAGGGCCAGUUGUUCCUGGUCGGGGAGUAUUGGAGCGGCGACACGCAGGAAAUGCUCGAGUGGCUGAACAACAUGCACCACCCCUUCACCCUGUACGACUCGCCGCUGGUGUAUUCCUUCUCACAAAUCUCCAAGACCGAGAAGGCAGAUCUCCGAAAAGUGUUCGAUAAUAGCCUGGUGAAAGCCAAGCCCGAAAGCGCGGUGACGGUGGUGAUGAACCACGACACGCAGCCAGGGCAGACGGUGGAGACUCCCAUCGAAGGAUUCUUCAAGCCGAUCGCCUACGCUCUGAUCUUGUUGAGGAGAGAGGGUUACCCGUGCGUCUUCUACGGCGAUCUCUACGGCAUGAAGGGCAAGCAGGCCGAGCCACCGGCGUGUGGUGGGAAACUGCCUCAGCUCGUGCUGGCCCGGAAGCUCUUCGCCUACGGAGAUCAGGACGACUAUUUCGACGAAGAUCCGAAUUGUCUCGGAUUCGUGCGCAGGGGCACCGAGGACAGGAAGGCCGGCCUUGCCUGCGUCAUGUCGAAUGCCGACCCGAAGACAAAGCGGAUGUUCGUGGGCGAGGAGCACUCGGGAGAAGUAUGGACUGAUGUGCUGGGUUGGCAGAAUGAAGAGGUCACGAUAGGCGAGGAUGGCUUUGGGGAGUUCAUGUGUCCUGGCACGAGUGUGAGUGUGUGGGUGAGCAAGGACGCCGAGGGCAGAGACAGGAUGGACCAGCUGGACUUUGACGCCGACAUUUACGCCAAAGCGUAG